AUGGAAGGGCAGGAGAACAAAUUCUGUUUGCUGAGGAAAGCUCUAUAUGGCCUAAAACAGGCCCCUAGAGCUUGGCUGGAAGGGGAAUUCACUAAAGUGUCAUUAUAUGUUGAUGAUUUACUCAUCAUGGGAAGCAGCUCAAUUCAAUUAGAGAAGUUUAAGAUGGCCAUGCACAAUGAAUUUGAAAUGACUGAUCUUGGGGAAAUGUCUUAUUUUCUUGGAAUGGAGAUCCACCAAAGUCAGCAUGGGAUAUUUGUUAGUCAAAAGAAAUUUGCCAAUGAAAUCCUACAUAAAUUUGAUAUGGACAGGUGCAAACCAGUGGACACUCUUCUGGUUGCAAAUUUGAAGCUGAGCAAAGAUGAUGGGGCUGUGAAAAUUGAUGAAAAAAUGUAUAGAAGUCUGAUUGGGUGCCUACUGUAUUUGACUGCCACCAGACCAGACUUAAUGUUGGCAACAAGUAUUCUUUCUAGAUUCAUGAGCAGUCCGAGUGAAAUCCAUCUCAAGGCAACCAAGAGGGUGUUGAGGUAUAUUAAGGGAAGUGUUGAGCUUGGUGUAUGGUUUAAGAAGACUAAAAAUCUGCCGCUUAUUGGGUACUCUGACAGUGAUCGGGUUAGAUGCAUUAAUGACAUGAGAAGUACUUCAGGCUAUGUUUUCUUCUUGAAUUCAGGAGCUAUAUGUUGGCUUUCCAAAAAGCAAGAUACCAUUUCUGAGUCCAUAGUAGAAGCAUAA